ACAAACACACACAUGCGGCCCUCCCUUUUUCUUGGUUCUAUCGAGGCCAAAUGCUCCACUUGAGAACAUAACACCAUUGUUUCGAGCCAAGCUCCUCGUCUCUCCUGUGCUAGAAGGAGCUAGGAGCUAUCCAUCUGCUAAAAUCUCAAGGACGACUGCUCUAUAUUUGGAGGGCAUUUCUUCAUCACCAAGGGUUUUCCUUUCCUUUCUUCCGCUGCAUUGUUCAGUUCUGAAAUCUUCGUGGAAAAGUUGGAAGUUCAGAAGAGUAGGGCCCUUGUUUUUCUGGUUUAAUGGUGCUUCUUUGAAGAAUUCUGUAGACCUUUUAAAGGGCCUUCGAGGUUGUGACUAGAAACUUGCUAAUUCUAGUGGGAAAUUCUUGUGCUAAAAUUGUGUUAUUUGAAGAUGAAGUUUAUCUGGCUGCUUCUUAUGGGACUUGCAUCUACUUUGCUACAAAUUGCACAAGCUCAAGCACAACCGUUUCUGAUUAACUGUGGUUCCAAUUCUAGCACAGAUGUCGACGACAGGAAUUGGAUUGGAGACUCGACCUUUGGUAAUAAUUUCACACUGAGCUUUCCUGGAAUUAUUGCAUCAACUGCCACAGUCGAUGGGGAAUCUAGCUACCGAUCUUUGUAUAGAACUGCCAGGAUAUUUAACAUGACAUCAGACUACAACUUCAGUGUAUUUUCAGGGAAUUAUUGCAUUAGACUUCAUUUCUAUCCCUUCUCAUUGGAAAAUUUUAAUGUCAAUGAGUCGGCAUUUGAUGUAACAGCUAAUGAGCUGAAGUUGGUUUCCAAGUUCAAUGUCCCUGGAGAGAUCUCCUGGAAGAACACGAAGAGCAAUUCUGUGGUCACUUCUCUAGUUAAAGAAUAUUUUCUUAAUGUCAGUUCGAAUGAGCUGCGUAUUGAGUUUGUUCCCAACUCUGGAUCGUUUGCCUUUGUGAAUGCAAUUGAGGUCAUCCCGGUUGGAGAUAACUUGUUUGUUGACUCGGUGAACAAAGUAGGAAGCAAUGGUUUAAAGACUUCCCUGAGCAUGAAUGCCCGAGGAAUUGAGACUAUGUAUAGGUUGAAUGUGGGGGGACCUGAACUUAAUUCAAGUGAAGACCGAGGUGUGUGGAGAAAGUGGGAGUCUGAUGAGAAAUUUGUGUUUUCCUUGAAUGCGGCAGCAGCAAUCAGUAAUGCUUCAAAUAUAAGCUACAUCUCUAGCAACGAUUCUCUCAUUGCACCCCUCGUGGUUUAUGAAACAGCAAGGAUGAUGACCAAUAAUGAAGUUGUUGAGAAAAGAUUCAAUGUAUCUUGGAGAUUCGAUGUGGACCCCAACUUUGACUACCUUGUCCGACUACAUUUCUGUGAGCUGCUAUAUGAUAGAGCAAAUGAGAGGGUUUUCAGAAUCUACAUUAAUAACAAGACAGCAGCUGAGAACUAUGAUGUCUUUCUGAAGGCAGGGGGGAUGAACAAAGCUUACCAUGAAGACUAUGCUGAUCUGGUUCCACAACAGGUAGACACUCUUUGGCUUCAGCUUGGUCCUGAUUUGUCAACUACCGCUUCAGGUGUUGAUGCACUGUUGAAUGGAGUGGAGAUCUUCAAGCUGAGCAGGAAUGGGAAUUUGGCUCAUGCUUCGGAAAGGAUCACUGGUGAGGAAGAUUUGGCUGAUAAGAAGCCAGAGAGAAAAGGUCUUUGGGAAGCCAUCGGUGUCAGUGGUGUCUCUGUAGUCACCAUCUCGAUAGUGUCUACACUUCUCUUUUUCUGCAUUCAGAAGAAGAAAGCAACAUCUGUUAAGGAGAUUCCUCCCGGUUGGCACCCACUUUUCCUUCAUGAGACUAUAGGAAGCACCACUGAUGCCCAGGCAUCUAAAUCUCCUCCUGUAACCAAUAACGGUUCAUUAGCUUCUAAUAGAAUUGGAAGAAGAUUCACAUUAUCAGAGAUUAGAGCAGCAACGAGGAACUUUGAUGAGUCUUUGGUCAUUGGAACUGGAGGUUUUGGCAAGGUCUACAGGGGUGAGAUUGAGGAGGGGAACAUGGUAGCAAUCAAGCGGGCCCAUCCACAAUCUGAGCAGGGCCUAGCAGAAUUUGAAACAGAAAUUGAAAUGCUUUCAAAGCUCCGGCACCGACAUCUUGUCUCAAUGAUUGGAUAUUGUGACGAGCAACAAGAGAUGAUCUUGGUUUAUGAGUAUAUGGCAAAUGGGACACUAAGAAGCCAUCUCUACGGAAGUGAUCUGCCAGCACUUACAUGGAAGCAGCGGGUGGAAGCAUGCAUCGGAGCUGCUCGUGGACUUCACUAUCUUCACACUGGAGCAGAGAGGGGUAUUAUACACAGGGAUGUCAAGACAACUAACAUUUUGUUGGAUGAGAACUUUGUUGCAAAGAUGGCUGACUUUGGGUUGUCUAAAGAUGGUCCAGCAUUUGACCAUACCCAUGUCAGUACCGCUGUGAAAGGAAGCUUUGGCUACCUAGAUCCUGAGUACUUUCGAAGGCAGCAACUAACUCAAAAAUCAGAUGUCUAUUCUUUUGGGGUGGUGUUAUUUGAAGUUGUCUGUGCCAGGCCUGUAAUAAACCCAAGCUUGCCAAGGGAUCAAAUCAACUUAGCUGAAUGGGCACUCCGAUGGCAACGUCAGCGGUCACUUAAGAUGAUUGUGGACCCCCAGUUGGAAGGAGAUUACUCAUUGGAAUCCCUGAAGAAAUUUGGGGAGAUUGCGGAGAAAUGCCUUGCUGAUGAGGGGAAGAACCGCCCUACAAUGGGUGAGGUAUUGUGGCAUCUAGAGUAUGUCUUGCAACUACAUGAAGCAUACAAGCGAAGUGGAGAUCAGGAGUCUUUGGGAAGCAGCGAGCUGGGAUUUGCUGAUUUGUCGUUCAGUCUCCCACAUGUUACAGAGCAAGUAGAUGAUGCUUGUUCAAAGCCCUCGAACAUCAAAGAAAAUGCUAUAGAGCCAAUAGGAGAGGAACAUUGUUCGGAAGACACCAUUGGAGUUGUUGAUUUCUCACAGCUGGUUAACCCUCAAGGAAGGUGAGUGCUACAAUAUUCCUAAUACUAGAAAUGAUUCGUGCCUGAUAUCCUGUAAUUGUAAUUUCUUAUUACAAAGGUUUCUUGGUCUAUUAUGUUCAAAUAAAGUUACAUUUUUGAAAUC